UUCUAGGGUUUCUCUAGGGUUUUAUCAUUGUUCAGCGAAACCCUGAGGAGUUCCGAAGCAAGGCAACAGUUGGGUGUUUGUAAAGCAAUCGAUGGAGGGAUUGAAGAAAUCAGAUGCGAAUUUGGUUGUAUACAUACACCCAUCUAAGGCCAAAAAGGUCUCCGAAGCCAUCCUUCGUGAACUCAGUUCUCUGCUUUUCAAGUUCCAUGAAACUUUUGAUGGUGUUUUGUUGGCAUAUGACGUGAAAAUUCUUAGUCAAGUGGCAAAGAUUCUUCCAGGGAUUCAUCCUUAUUUUGAAGGAACGGUAGUUAAACUGGGUCAACAAUCCAUGCAUGCCAUUGUUCUUGGGUUUUCAUCUGCUAUUAUUAUACAGGAAGAUAUUCGUGAUGAAUUUAAAUAUAAAGUUAAACAUGGCAAAGAAGUUUUUGUUAGCAGAGGUAACAAGCGGCAUCAAAUAGAAGUUGGAACCAUUAUACGUUUUAUAGUCAAAAGUUUUGAUGAAGAAGUACUCCAUAUUUGUGGAUCGUUGGUUCCAGAUCAUACCGGAAGUGUCGGCUGGUUGGACAAGAAUUUGGAAGAGUGGUCACACGCCGACAGCCUCACCAAAAAACGGACAGGAAGUGAAGGUAGUAGGGAAAUGCUGGAGCAUAAUAAAGCAAUGGUUGAUGGGGAAACAUUAUAUUUGAACACUGACCAUCACAUUAAGAAGUCAAAGAGGCGGAGGAGUGGUGAUUCUUGA